AUGGAGUGUAUGCCGACACCCGACGAUCAUUUUAAAGUAGUUAUUCUUGUACGACAGAUUGGUUGUAAAAAUGCUGUUGUGUUUAAUAGGGUAUUCGAAAGGUUAACCAGACAAAAGACUAUUCAAGUCUCUGAGACUCCACGACGCUUUUUCCAUGCCAAUUUCGUAACUACUGUGAAUAAUGAUUUGUCAAAAUUUGCUGAACUACAUUGUCAUCACAGAAUCUUGGGCGUUGUUGGUGUUGGAUCGGCUAUCAGUUCUACAGCGGAAACUGAUCAAGUAAAGCUUGAUGAGCCUAGUGCUGGAAGUAGUACCAGAAAACAUUCUUUGGUUGGGCCUUUAUCAUUGGAUGAAGUGAAGAACAAUUAUGAGAAGCUAAAAUCAGAAUUUGCUUCUCAUCUUGUUGACAGCAGGUGUAUCCUUCUGGGAUACAAUAUGGAUGAAGUUCACACUUGCUUUUCUAAUCGUGAUGUUUUCUCUUAUCCAUCACUCGAAUGCUCAGACGACUUGGAAUUGGGAGUGCGAGAGUAUUUGAGGACCAUCUAUUUUGUUUUGGAGAGUAAAAGAAUGGAUCUGUCUUUCGAGAAGAUGGAUCCUCCUCCCUGCAUUCUUCUGCCAGAAGAGGAAAAAUUCCGAAUAGGGCUAGAAAACAAAGCUUCAAAAACAUAUAGAAAAAAAUGUUUGGGGAGGUGCCGUAAGCAUCAUGCAGAUUUCACCAUGAUGGCUGGUUGUCCUCAGACCGCUCUGGAGUCCUAUCAAACUUCUAUUGAACUGUUAAAAUCCUCGAAUGAUUUACUUUGGUUAGCUGGGGCGUAUGAGGGUUGGGCUUGUGCAGCAAUGGCUAUCCGUUUCGAGAACUAUUCAGAUUUAUCCUCAACUACGAUGUCUAGAACAACUAGUAUGACACCUCAGCAGAUGCGAGAUGCUCAAGAAGGUCGUGCUAUAAACUCUAGAACACACGGAUCCAAGGAACGAAUAGAGUUUUCUCAAAUAUUGGAACGAUUUGAAAAUGCCUUGGAAAACUACAGCAAAUUCUCUUUUGCCGCUUUAAUAGAAUAUAACUGUAUGAUGAAAGCGGUCUCACUCUUCCAGAGACAACGAGAAUAUGUUCAGAUGGAGACUUUUCAUCGCGAUCAUGUUGGAAAAUAUCUUGAUGAUAGUUUUACUCGUCUGGAUCACUUAGCAAAAUCUGCAAUCUGCAAUAACUCUGCAGCGCUUUAUAAAAGUACCGGCUUUCAUAGGAAAAGUUCGUUUUUUGCUCGACUUGGUGUAUUGUUUCGACUUCAUGUUGCGGACGGCGAACUACGUACAGUCCAAGAUUAUAAAGUAGUAUACCCCAUUUUAUAUAAAACUCUGGCAGGAUACGGCAUACCGGAUGAUGUGCGAGAAAAUAAAAGCUCCUGUAAUACGAAAGGACCUGUACAAAUGCAAAUUAAGGCUCUUCACGAGGUUUACACUGCAGCUAUCAGAGCAGAGCUCACACAAGCUGCUAUUAGACACUUGUGCUAUUUGAUUCAGGUUUAUUAUGAGGAAAUGGAGCCAUCUAUGCUUACUCGAUUGUUCGACGAUUUGAACUCUCUGGUAAAAAGUGAAAGUGCAUAUGUGUUAGGGCAACGAAUCUCUCUGCAAUUAGGGAACAUAAUUCUUCCCCCGAUGCAGCUCACUCGAUUUCCUUCAAUUUCUCAGCCAGAGCUAUGCUCUUUACCUCCUCAUUUAGCUCCCACCGUAAUUAAAAAAGACAAUUUUCAACCAGCCAUUUUUAUUUAUUCCCCUUUCCAAGCUAAAAAAAACAACAAUGAGAUUACUUGGGUUGUGAACAGUCCGUGCGCCGUAUCUGUUCUCGUUUAUAAUUGUCGAAGUGUUGAAUUAACUGUUAGAGAGCUAUGUCUUGUUUCCGAAGGUUGCUCAUUUGAACCCGUCCCCGUGAGAUUAAUUUUACCAGCUGCUGGGCCAGGAGUAUCGCCAGCACGAAUUAAAUUAAUAGGUGUUCCCCGAUCGGCAGGGAAGUUGACUAUAACUGGAUACACGUGUGAAGUUUUCGGUUUACGAAAUGUAUGCAAGCUGGAACCAACUUCUGGCAGUUUGACAGUUGAUGUUUUACCACAGUUAGCAACUAUAAAAAUAAGUAGUUCAAUGACUCGUGCUCCUAUUCAAGAGGAAGAAGAAGAACCUAGUUGCGAAUCAACUGUGUAUUCCGGCCAAACUUUCGAGCAUUCCUUAACCGUUCAAAACACGAGUAGUAUAGGUAUGCGCAGAGCUCGUUUGCAAAUAUGGCAACCUAAGGUUUCUGGAGGUCCAGCGUUGAUAGAAUUACUUGCGGAUGAUGAGAGUGUUGUAGAGGACGAAGUUGCUUUUGAUCUUGGCCCUCAUGAAAAAAGAGAAAUCAAGUUCCGGAUAUUCGGAAUAGACCCCACAGCAACGGCAGAUGAUGACAACGGUGAAGAAAAGAUUGUUGAAACUGUAUUACCCCUGGCAUCAACAGCGGCAGAAGAAGUUUUACCAGACGGAGGCCAGCAUGAUUUGAUUCCGUACAUAGGGCGUUUACUCACCUGCCAGUUUGUUAUACGUUACGAAUCAGAUGUGGAUGGGCAAGAUGGAGAGAUAUAUGAACGUUCGUCGCGUUUGUCUCUAGCUGUUUGUAUCGUUCCAGCCUUGACUGUCUCUGCAUGGCAUGUUUUACCAGGAGAUGGCCCAUUUUCACGCUACAUCGUAGUUGAUGUGACCAAUAGUACUGAACAUGACGCUGAGCUUGUCUACAGUUUGACUAGAAGAAUGAAUGUUUUGCCAAAGGAAACAUGCCGAGUUCCGCUGCUAUCUCCAUGCUGUGCGGAUGUAGCAGGACGUGCUUUCUAUGUUGCCACUCAAAAAGACAGCCAUAUGAUGCAAAGGAUGGAAGUUGAACGAUUACGUAGAACGUUAGAACGACAUGUUGCUAGGCAUUUGGAUAUCAGAUGGACAAUACCUGCCAUGAACUUAAAUGGUUUAGUUCCUGUUGGGGCUCUUCUUUCUUCUGUUUCUCUCUUAAAGCAACUUGUUCUGCCUGCCAUUUCCCUUGACAUUGCUGUUAAUGGGGUACCUUACCUCAGCGAAGACGAUAUAAAUGUUGGGAUCGGGGAAGUCAUAACUUUGAAAGUAGCCAUAAUAUCUUCUUUAGAUUACAACUUUGAUGGAACCAUGUUUUUGGACUGUUACCAAGAAAUUUCGAACCAGUUUGGCACUAUUGACCGAUUAGAAAAUGUACUGCUUCUUGGAGGAAAAAAACUACCUUUCACUGUUCCCAGCUGCACCAGUAAAUCGGCUCUGCCUGCACCUCGUUGUGUUUUGGUAUUUCAAUUUUUGUUCAAGGUGGAAGGCAACCAUAAGUUGCGACCGGUAAUUGUUAGCAGGAACUCAUCAGAAUCUCUUUUUUCGGAUGAUGUUUUCGUUACACCGAUCGGUUUCAGCGUUUGUACUAAAAAUCACUGA